AUGGAAGCUCCGCCGCAUGACUUUGCGAGUCUUGCCAUCAUCGUCACCGACUGGGACUCUCUGUACGCGAAGAAAGUCAGUUCAUCAUCCACCGCAACCACAAAUUCAGGAUCUCCGCCCGCCYUUGAUUCCUUCCAACAACGCAGCGAGACAGGCAUAUCGGAUGUCGUUGACGAGAUCUGGAAUCUGGUGUCCAAGACCCUGAGGAAUAGAUUGAGGGAGGCGUGUAUUGGAGUGCUGAGGAGAACCGACAGCGUCGACGUGACCCAAGCUUAUUACUUGCUGGACGAGGAUGCUCGUUUGCUGGACUGA